UUUCUUUACUUCCCCCCUUCACCACAUUCAACUGUCGUGAAUAAAAAUUUCUACAACCCCGACAUUCAUCAUGCCUGGUAUCUGGUCUCGACACCCGAAGUACUUCAUCUUCGUUCUCGUCGUUCUUGGAACAACCUUCUACCUCCUUAAUCCUCUUUCGCCAGAGCCUCAAUUCAAGCGGUUGAGCUUCCCAUACGAUCUUGAGCUGCCAGGACGUUUAGAACGAGCAGAAACCAUCUACAAAAAGCUUCUAGAUGACAGAAGAGGAUUGAUCAAGAAGUUUGGACCAACUCCUGCUGACGUGCAAAUGUUCCCUGCUGACAAGGACCCGUGGCCUGCAUAUACUGUUUGGGAUUUCUUCCCUGCCGCUUACAACUGCCCUCACGAUAUUCAACGUCUGGGAGCUCUUGGUGACGGUGGAAAAUGGGUUUGUGGUAUCACACGUAUAGAGAACAAGCAGGACUGUGUCGUCUACUCAUUCGGUAUCAAUCAUGAAUCUUCCUUCGAGGCUGAAAUUCUUGCCAACACCAAUCAUUGCGAAAUUUGGGGUUAUGACUUUACUGUCCACUCAUUCGGCCCUCAAAUAACCAAGUCGCAAGAGCACAGAACUCACUUCUAUCCCUACAAACUCGGAGGCAGCAAUAAGCCAGCAGUUGGCGAUGAACCCGCUAUGUUCACCCUCAGUUCUUUGAUGAAGACAAAUGGACACUCCCACAUUGAUAUUCUCAAAGUCGACAUUGAGAGUUGGGAGUUUGAGACGUUGACUACGCUCAUCAAGUCCUACACAAGCGCCGGCCUUCCUCUUCCCUUUGGUCAGCUUCAGCUCGAAAUCCACGCUUGGAACAAGUCUUUUGAGGAGUUCUUGUCAUGGUGGGAGAUGCUUGAAGAUGCUGGCCUCAGACCUUUCUGGACUGAGCCCAACUUGGUUUACCAAAACUACAAUCGCGGUGCAACGGUUGAUCUUGCGGAAUACUCCUUCCUCAACGUCAAGGGCGACAACGUCUUCAUCCGUGACCCUCCAAGAACAUCAGCGGAGAGGAAGCACGAUGUAUAAAAUGGAACUUCAUAUACCCCUACCCCUACCCCCUCUUCAUACUAUCCAUUCAUUUUGAGUAAUGACACAAAAACAACGGUAUACGUAGACAUUUCCUGUGUAAUUUGCUCCUCAUAUAAAGGAGGUUGUGGACUAUCCACUAACCAUUCGUUUUCUUAGUUACUUCGGUUACCCGCCAGGCUCUUGCUUGCCAAAACAUGAAUACAGCAGUCCAUUCCUUUUUA